UCCGCUCUUGCCCCGCACGAAGGCCGCUCCUUCACUGCAAUAUGUAAAGCACACAUAUCUCGCCGUUGACUGCUCAUCAAGGUGAUGCAGCUUCGUUGUCCAUACCUGCCUGCUUCCGGCACUGCCUCGCAUCUCCUUCUGCCUUUUUAGUUGGGCUCAAUUGCAUCACAUCCUCGGAUCUCGGACAUCUACCCGCGGCCUCCUCACUUCCUUCUUUUUCACCAUCGUCACCUCUACAUUUUGCCGUUUCACUUCUGUCUCGCUUCUCCUGGCAUAUCCUUUAUUUUGCACAGGCAAAAACCGACACCAUGGCUGGUUUCUACAUGCAGUAUCUGGAGAGUCUUUGCCGGCGGCGUGGAUGGCACGAUCCCUCGUACGAGUGCUACCGUGACGGCAGUGGCUUUACCUGCUUGGUUCUCGUCAACGGCCGCGAAUACCAGACAGAUAUCCCAUAUGAAUCACAUGGACUCGCCCAGGAAAACGCGGCCAUGCGUGCGUUUAUGGUCUGCCGAAAUUUCUCGGUCAAUGGAGGGAUGCUGGCUCGCAACGGAAUCGUCCAAGGGUUGCCGGCAGACGAGGCCAAGCACAAGUCCAGACGGAGCAGCCGUCCCCAUACGUCUUCCCAAUAUACGCAUGGACACCGCAAUCGACAUUCCGGAGAUGAAUCGAGCAGCAGCUCGAUUGCUUCGACGGAAUGAGGGCCAUGAAGCCGCCAUACCUUAGCAGAAGGCAACACAGCCCAUUGAAAGGGCAUGGAUGCCCUCUCGAUCAGCGGAUUUGGAUUUUCUCUUUUUCUUUUAAACUUCUUUCACGCUUCACAGCAACAUGGUGAGAAGACCCGGGAUUUAUACCCCUAGGUGACGAUCAAUCGACGACUCGGCAAAAGACGAACGAAUAGCAUCACGACUGGUUUCUACACGCACAAAAGCUGCAUCGGCAAAAUUCAUGACUGGACGACCUACGACAUAUAGAUACAUUGAUCUGACGCGUUGUCACGAUUCUGCUUCAUUCCUUUCUUUUGGGUUCUCCGGUUUUCCCUCCCCGAGUUUGGCGGGUUUUUGGUUGUUUUAGA